AUGUGGUUAGAAGGGCUGCUGUUCGUCAUCCGCCGGUGUGCAAAGGCGCAGUCGGGCCAGGCGUGGCCAAAUGGCAGCCGGAGUUGGCACUCGCGCCCCCUCAGGUCCCGGGGUCAGCAGCCGCGGCCAGAUAUUUGGCUGACGGCGACGCGGCGCAGCGCCGUGACGCAAAACCUGCUGCCGCCAGCUUUUUAUACCCGUGUGGUGACGUGGCUGCAGCAGAGUCUUCUACAACAAUCGAAGUCUCAGGCGGGAACAGCCCAGUGCCGGGCGGGAACAGCCCAGUGCCGGGCGGGAACAGCCCAGUGCCGGGCGGGGAACAGCCCAGUGCCGGGCGGGAACAGCCCAGUGCCGGGCGGGAACAGCCCAGUGCCGGGCGGGAACAGCCCAGUGCCGGGGCGGGGAACAGCCCAGUGCCGGGCGGGAACAGCCCAGUGCCGGGCGGGAACAGCCCAGUGCCGGGCGGGAACAGCCCAGUGCCGGGCGGGAACAGCCCAGUGCCGGGCGGGAACAGCCCAGUGCCGGGCGGGAACAGCCCAGUGCCGGGCGGGAACAGCCCAGUGCCGGGCGGGGAACAGCCCAGUGCCGGGCGGGAACAGCCCAGUGCCGGGCGGGAACAGCCCAGUGCCGGGCGGGAACAGCCCAGUGCCGGGCGGGAACAGCCCAGUGCCGGGCGGGAACAGCCCAGUGCCGGGCGGGAACAGCCCAGUGCCGGGCGGGAACAGCCCAGUGCCGGGCGGGAACAGCCCAGUGCCGGGCGGGAACAGCCCAGUGCCGGGCGGGAACAGCCCAGUGCCGGGCGGGAACAGCCCAGUGCCGGGCGGGAACAGCCCAGUGCCGGGCGGGAACAGCCCAGUGCCGGGCGGGAACAGCCCAGUGCCGGGCGGGAACAGCCCAGUGCCGGGCGGGAACAGCCCAGUGCCGGGCGGGAACAGCCCAGUGCCGGGCGGGAACAGCCCAGUGCCGGGCGGGAACAGCCCAGUGCCGGGCGGGAACAGCCCAGUGCCGGGCGGGAACAGCCCAGUGCCGGGCGGGAACAGCCCAGUGCCGGGCGGGAACAGCCCAGUGCCGGGCGGGAACAGCCCAGUGCCGGGCGGGAACAGCCCAGUGCCGGGCGGGAACAGCCCAGUGCCGGGCGGGAACAGCCCAGUGCCGGGCGGGAACAGCCCAGUGCCGGGCGGGAACAGCCCAGUGCCGGGCGGGAACAGCCCAGUGCCGGGCGGGAACAGCCCAGUGCCGGGCGGGAACAGCCCAGUGCCGGGCGGGAACAGCCCAGUGCCGGGCGGGGAACAGCCCAGUGCCGGCCCAGUGCCGGGCGGGAACAGCCCAGUGCCGGGCGGGAACAGCCCAGUGCCGGGCGGGAACAGCCCAGUGCCGGGCGGGAACAGCCCAGUGCCGGGCGGGAACAGCCCAGUGCCGGGCGGGAACAGCCCAGUGCCGGGCGGGAACAGCCCAGUGCCGGGCGGGAACAGCCCAGUGCCGGGCGGGAACAGCCCAGUGCCGGGCGGGAACAGCCCAGUGCCGGGCGGGAACAGCCCAGUGCCGGGCGGGAACAGCCCAGUGCCGGGCGGGAACAGCCCAGUGCCGGGCGGGAACAGCCCAGUGCCGGGCGGGAACAGCCCAGUGCCGGGCGGGAACAGCCCAGUGCCGGGCGGGAACAGCCCAGUGCCGGGCGGGAACAGCCCAGUGCCGGGCGGGAACAGCCCAGUGCCGGGCGGGAACAGCCCAGUGCCGGGCGGGAACAGCCCAGUGCCGGGCGGGAACAGCCCAGUGCCGGGCGGGAACAGCCCAGUGCCGGGCGGGAACAGCCCAGUGCCGGGCGGGAACAGCCCAGUGCCGGGCGGGAACAGCCCAGUGCCGGGCGGGAACAGCCCAGUGCCGGGCGGGAACAGCCCAGUGCCGGGCGGGAACAGCCCAGUGCCGGGCGGGAACAGCCCAGUGCCGGGCGGGAACAGCCCAGUGCCGGGCGGGAACAGCCCAGUGCCGGGCGGGAACAGCCCAGUGCCGGGCGGGAACAGCCCAGUGCCGGGCGGGAACAGCCCAGUGCCGGGCGGGAACAGCCCAGUGCCGGGCGGGAACAGCCCAGUGCCGGGCGGGAACAGCCCAGUGCCGGGCGGGAACAGCCCAGUGCCGGGCGGGAACAGCCCAGUGCCAGCCCAGUGCCAGGCGGGAACAGCCCAGUGCCAGGCGGGAACAGCCCAGUGCCAGGCGGGAACAGCCCAGUGCCAGGCGGGAACAGCCCAGUGCCAGGCGGGAACAGCCCAGUGCCAGGCGGGAACAGCCCAGUGCCAGGCGGGAACAGCCCAGUGCCAGGCGGGAACAGCCCAGUGCCAGGCGGGAACAGCCCAGUGCCAGGCGGGAACAGCCCAGUGCCAGGCGGGAACAGCCCAGUGCCAGGCGGGAACAGCCCAGUGCCAGGCGGGAACAGCCCAGUGCCAGGCGGGAACAGCCCAGUGCCAGGCGGGAACAGCCCAGUGCCAGGCGGGAACAGCCCAGUGCCAGGCGGGAACAGCCCAGUGCCAGGCGGGAACAGCCCAGUGCCAGGCGGGAACAGCCCAGUGCCAGGCGGGAACAGCCCAGUGCCAGGCGGGAACAGCCCAGUGCCAGGCGGGAACAGCCCAGUGCCAGGCGGGAACAGCCCAGUGCCAGGCGGGAACAGCCCAGUGCCAGGCGGGAACAGCCCAGUGCCAGGCGGGAACAGCCCAGUGCCAGGCGGGAACAGCCCAGUGCCAGGCGGGAACAGCCCAGUGCCAGGCGGGAACAGCCCAGUGCCAGGCGGGAACAGCCCAGUGCCAGGCGGGAACAGCCCAGUGCCAGGCGGGAACAGCCCAGUGCCAGGCGGGAACAGCCCAGUGCCAGGCGGGAACAGCCCAGUGCCAGGCGGGAACAGCCCAGUGCCAGGCGGGAACAGCCCAGUGCCAGGCGGGAACAGCCCAGUGCCAGGCGGGAACAGCCCAGUGCCAGGCGGGAACAGCCCAGUGCCAGGCGGGAACAGCCCAGUGCCAGGCGGGAACAGCCCAGUGCCAGGCGGGAACAGCCCAGUGCCAGGCGGGAACAGCCCAGUGCCAGGCGGGAACAGCCCAGUGCCAGGCGGGAACAGCCCAGUGCCAGGCGGGAACAGCCCAGUGCCAGGCGGGAACAGCCCAGUGCCAGGCGGGAACAGCCCAGUGCCAGGCGGGAACAGCCCAGUGCCAGGCGGGAACAGCCCAGUGCCAGGCGGGAACAGCCCAGUGCCAGGCGGGAACAGCCCAGUGCCAGGCGGGAACAGCCCAGUGCCAGGCGGGAACAGCCCAGUGCCAGGCGGGAACAGCCCAGUGCCAGGCGGGAACAGCCCAGUGCCAGGCGGGAACAGCCCAGUGCCAGGCGGGAACAGCCCAGUGCCAGGCGGGAACAGCCCAGUGCCAGGCGGGAACAGCCCAGUGCCAGGCGGGAACAGCCCAGUGCCAGGCGGGAACAGCCCAGUGCCAGGCGGGAACAGCCCAGUGCCCGGCGGGAACAGCCCAGUGCCCGGCGGGAACAGCCCAGUGCCCGGCGGGAACAGCCCAGUGCCCGGCGGGAACAGCCCAGUGCCCGGCGGGAACAGCCCAGUGCCCGGCGGGAACAGCCCAGUGCCCGGCGGGAACAGCCCAGUGCCCGGCGGGAACAGCCCAGUGCCCGGCGGGAACAGCCCAGUGCCCGGCGGGAACAGCCCAGUGCCCGGCGGGAACAGCCCAGUGCCCGGCGGGAACAGCCCAGUGCCCGGCGGGAACAGCCCAGUGCCCGGCGGGAACAGCCCAGUGCCCGGCGGGAACAGCCCAGUGCCCGGCGGGAACAGCCCAGUGCCCGGCGGGAACAGCCCAGUGCCCGGCGGGAACAGCCCAGUGCCCGGCGGGAACAGCCCAGUGCCCGGCGGGAACAGCCCAGUGCCCGGCGGGAACAGCCCAGUGCCCGGCGGGAACAGCCCAGUGCCCGGCGGGAACAGCCCAGUGCCCGGCGGGAACAGCCCAGUGCCCGGCGGGAACAGCCCAGUGCCCGGCGGGAACAGCCAAGCGCCAGGGGGGAACAGCCAAGCGCCAGGGGGGAACAGCCAAGCGCCAGGGGGGAACAGCCAAGCGCCAGGCGGGAACAGCCAAGCGCCAGGCGGGAACAGCCAAGCGCCAGGCGGGAACAGCCAAGCGCCAGGCGGGAACAGCCAAGCGCCAGGCGGGAACAGCCAAGCGCCAGGCGGGAACAGCCAAGCGCCAGGCGGGAACAGCCAAGCGCCAGGCGGGAACAGCCAAGCGCCAGGCGGGAACAGCCAAGCGCCAGGCGGGAACAGCCAAGCGCCAGGCGGGGACAGCCAAGCGCCAGGCGGGGACAGCCAAGCGCCAGGCGGGGACAGCCAAGCGCCAGGCGGGGACAGCCAAGCGCCAGGCGGGGACAGCCAAGCGCCAGGCGGGGACAGCCAAGCGCCAGGCGGGGACAGCCAAGCGCCAGGCGGGGACAGCCAAGCGCCAGGCGGGGACAGCCAAGCGCCAGGCGGGGACAGCCAAGCGCCAGGCGGGGACAGCCAAGCGCCAGGCGGGGACAGCCAAGCGCCAGGCGGGGACAGCCAAGCGCCAGGCGGGGACAGCCAAGCGCCAGGCGGGGACAGCCAAGCGCCAGGCGGGGACAGCCAAGCGCCAGGCGGGGACAGCCAAGCGCCAGGCGGGGACAGCCAAGCGCCAGGCGGGGACAGCCAAGCGCCAGGCGGGGACAGCCAAGCGCCAGGCGGGGACAGCCAAGCGCCAGGCGGGGACAGCCAAGCGCCAGGCGGGGACAGCCAAGCGCCAGGCGGGGACAGCCAAGCGCCAGGCGGGGACAGCCAAGCGCCAGGCGGGGACAGCCAAGCGCCAGGCGGGGACAGCCAAGCGCCAGGCGGGGACAGCCAAGCGCCAGGCGGGGACAGCCAAGCGCCAGGCGGGGACAGCCAAGCGCCAGGCGGGGACAGCCAAGCGCCAGGCGGGGACAGCCAAGCGCCAGGCGGGGGCAGCCCAGCGCCAGGCGGGGGCAGCCCAGCGCCAGGCGGGGGCAGCCCAGCGCCAGGCGGGGGCAGCCCAGCGCCAGGCGGGGGCAGCCCAGCGCCAGGCGGGGGCAGCCCAGCGCCAGGCGGGGGCAGCCCAGCGCCAGGCGGGGGCAGCCCAGCGCCAGGCGGGGGCAGCCCAGCGCCAGGCGGGGGCAGCCCAGCGCCAGGCGGGGGCAGCCCAGCGCCAGGCGGGGGCAGCCCAGCGCCAGGCGGGGGCAGCCCAGCGCCAGGCGGGGGCAGCCCAGCGCCAGGCGGGGGCAGCCCAGCGCCAGGCGGGGGCAGCCCAGCGCCAGGCGGGGGCAGCCCAGCGCCAGGCGGGGGCAGCCCAGCGCCAGGCGGGGACAGCCCAGCGCCAGGCGGGGACAGCCCAGCGCCAGGCGGGGACAGCCCAGCGCCAGGCGGGGACAGCCCAGCGCCAGGCGGGGACAGCCCAGCGCCAGGCGGGGACAGCCCAGCGCCAGGCGGGGACAGCCCAGCGCCAGGCGGGGACAGCCCAGCGCCAGGCGGGGACAGCCCAGCGCCAGGCGGGGACAGCCCAGCGCCAGGCGGGGACAGCCCAGCGCCAGGCGGGGACAGCCCAGCGCCAGGCGGGGACAGCCCAGCGCCAGGCGGGGACAGCCCAGCGCCAGGCGGGGACAGCCCAGCGCCAGGCGGGGACAGCCCAGCGCCAGGCGGGGACAGCCCAGCGCCAGGCGGGGACAGCCCAGCGCCAGGCGGGGACAGCCCAGCGCCAGGCGGGAACAGCCCAGCGCCAGGCGGGAACAGCCCAGCGCCAGGCGGGAACAGCCCAGCGCCAGGCGGGAACAGCCCAGCGCCAGGCGGGAACAGCCCAGCGCCAGGCGGGAACAGCCCAGCGCCAGGCGGGAACAGCCCAGCGCCAGGCGGGAACAGCCCAGCGCCAGGCGGGAACAGCCCAGCGCCAGGCGGGAACAGCCCAGCGCCAGGCGGGAACAGCCCAGCGCCAGGCGGGAACAGCCCAGCGCCAGGCGGGAACAGCCCAGCGCCAGGCGGGAACAGCCCAGCGCCAGGCGGGAACAGCCCAGCGCCAGGCGGGAACAGCCCAGCGCCAGGCGGGAACAGCCCAGCGCCAGGCGGGAACAGCCCAGCGCCAGGCGGGAACAGCCCAGCGCCAGGCGGGAACAGCCCAGCGCCAGGCGGGAACAGCCCAGCGCCAGGCGGGAACAGCCCAGCGCCAGGCGGGAACAGCCCAGCGCCAGGCGGGAACAGCCCAGCGCCAGGCGGGAACAGCCCAGCGCCAGGCGGGAACAGCCCAGCGCCAGGCGGGAACAGCCCAGCGCCAGGCGGGAACAGCCCAGCGCCAGGCGGGAACAGCCCAGCGCCAGGCGGGAACAGCCCAGCGCCAGGCGGGAACAGCCCAGCGCCAGGCGGGAACAGCCCAGCGCCAGGCGGGAACAGCCCAGCGCCAGGCGGGAACAGCCCAGCGCCAGGCGGGAACAGCCCAGCGCCAGGCGGGAACAGCCCAGCGCCAGGCGGGAACAGCCCAGCGCCAGGCGGGAACAGCCCAGCGCCAGGCGGGAACAGCCCAGCGCCAGGCGGGAACAGCCCAGCGCCAGGCGGGAACAGCCCAGCGCCAGGCGGGAACAGCCCAGCGCCAGGCGGGAACAGCCAAGCGCCAGGCGGGAACAGCCAAGCGCCAGGCGGGAACAGCCAAGCGCCAGGCGGGAACAGCCAAGCGCCAGGCGGGAACAGCCAAGCGCCAGGCGGGAACAGCCAAGCGCCAGGCGGGAACAGCCAAGCGCCAGGCGGGAACAGCCAAGCGCCAGGCGGGAACAGCCAAGCGCCAGGCGGGAACAGCCAAGCGCCAGGCGGGAACAGCCAAGCGCCAGGCGGGAACAGCCAAGCGCCAGGCGGGAACAGCCAAGCGCCAGGCGGGAACAGCCAAGCGCCAGGCGGGAACAGCCAAGCGCCAGGCGGGAACAGCCAAGCGCCAGGCGGGAACAGCCAAGCGCCAGGCGGGAACAGCCAAGCGCCAGGCGGGAACAGCCAAGCGCCAGGCGGGAACAGCCAAGUGCCAGGCGGGAACAGCCAAGUGCCAGGCGGGAACAGCCAAGUGCCAGGCGGGAACAGCCAAGUGCCAGGCGGGAACAGCCAAGUGCCAGGCGGGAACAGCCAAGUGCCAGGCGGGAACAGCCAAGUGCCAGGCGGGAACAGCCAAGUGCCAGGCGGGAACAGCCAAGUGCCAGGCGGGAACAGCCAAGUGCCAGGCGGGAACAGCCAAGUGCCAGGCGGGAACAGCCAAGUGCCAGGCGGGAACAGCCAAGUGCCAGGCGGGAACAGCCAAGUGCCAGGCGGGAACAGCCAAGUGCCAGGCGGGAACAGCCAAGUGCCAGGCGGGAACAGCCAAGUGCCAGGCGGGAACAGCCAAGUGUCAGGCGGGAACAGCCAAGUGUCAGGCGGGAACAGCCAAGUGUCAGGCGGGAACAGCCAAGUGUCAGGCGGGAACAGCCAAGUGUCAGGCGGGAACAGCCAAGUGUCAGGCGGGAACAGCCAAGUGUCAGGCGGGAACAGCCAAGUGUCAGGCGGGAACAGCCAAGUGUCAGGCGGGAACAGCCAAGUGUCAGGCGGGAACAGCCAAGUGUCAGGCGGGAACAGCCAAGUGUCAGGCGGGAACAGCCAAGUGUCAGGCGGGAACAGUCCUGAGAAUGUGGGGCCAAUGA